AUGCUCCGUUGCUACACGUGCGGCGAGCAGGGUCAUCUUCAGACGGCCUGCCCGAAGAAAUCUCGUCGUGGGUUGCUCAUAGAUGAGGUCAAAUGGGACGGUGAUGAUGACGAGGGGCAGGAACUCGAGAAUGACGAGCUACCUGUAGAACGUACUUCGGGCGACCAUGGUCAGUCAUUGGUGGUUCGUGUCUGCUUAUCGCCGGUAGCGAAUGAGGAACCAUGGCUGAGAUCGAAUAUCUUUCAGUCUACCUGUACGAUCAAGGGCAAGGUAUGCCGAUUUGUUAUCGACUCUGGCAGCUGUCGGAAUGUGGUGUCGGAAGAAGCUUGUCGUAAACUGAGUCUGCGACGGGAGGAACAUCCUGCUCCGUAUAAACUGACUUGGCUGAAAGACUAUACCAAGGUUCGCAUCACUCAUCGCACGUUGGUCUCGUUCUCCAUCGGUACUCACUACAAAGACAAGUUCUUUUGUGAUAUCGUACCUAUGGAUGUCAGUCAUUUGUUGUUGGGCCGUCCAUGGCAGUAUGAUCGUGACGUCAUGCACCAUGGGAAGAGCAACACUUACUCGUUCGUGUUUGAGAACAGGCGUAUCAUCCUCACUCCGAAUCCUCCAUUCUCGCCGUCUCCAUCGCGAGCAUUGUCGGAGCCGUCUCCUCCACACACCGUUGAGUGUACUCCUCCUACGCCAGUUCUAUUGUGUUCAUUAACUUCGUUUCAAUCUGAGUUUCAAGACACAUGGUUUGCGAUUGUUCUUUUGUCCUCUUCAGUGCCAUCAGAUGCACCUAGCGUGUUACCUCCACAGAUAGCGAGCAUAUUAGAGGAGUUCAGGGACGUAUCGCCGAGUGAGUUGCCACAGGGACUCCCUCCUCUUCGUGAUAUUCAGCAUCACAUUGAUCUUGUUCCAGGCGCGUCCUUACCAAACCGUCCUCACUACCGCAUGAGUCUCCAAGAGCAUGAGGAGUUGCGACAUCAGGUUGAAGCGUUGAUCGCAAAAGGACAUGUCAGGGAGAGCUUAAGUCCUUGUGCGGUUCCAGCGUUGUUGAUACCCAAGAAAGAUGGUUCUUGGCGUAUGUGUGUGGACAGCAGAGCGAUCAACAAAAUCACUCUACGAUAUCGCUUUCCUAUUCCUCGUCUGGAUGAUUUGUUGAAUCAGAUUAGUAGUGCAAAGGUCUUCUCUAAGUUGGAUUUGAAGAGUGGAUAUCACCAAAUUCGAAUUCGCCUAGGAGAUGAGUGGAAGACAGCUUUUAAGACGCGUGAGGGAUUGUUUGAGUGGCUUGUGAUGAUUAUGCAAUUAUAA